AUGGAGAAGCUGCUGUGGUGCUCACUGAUCAUGAUCAGCUUCUCUCAGGCUUUUAUCCAGAAAGACAUGUCUAGAACGGCCAUCGUAUUUCCCAAAGAGUCAGACAAUUCCUAUGUAACCUUGGAUGCGCUGUCAAAGAAGCCACUGAAAGCCUUCACUGUGUGUCUCCAUAUCCACACGGAUAUGAGCACAACCCGCAGCUUCAGUAUUUUCUCUUAUGCUACCAAGAAUAACCCUAAUGAUAUUCUCAUAUACUGGACUAAGGAUAAAGGGUAUAUUUUUGGAGUGGGUGGGCCUGAAGUACUAUACAAGGCUUCUGAAAUUCCUGAAGCUCCAACACACCUCUGUGCCAGCUGGGAGUCUGCUACAGGGAUUGUAGAGUUCUGGGUUGAUGGGAAACCCAAGGUGCGGAAGAGUCUGCAAAAGGGUUACACCGUGGUGACAGAUGCAAGCAUCAUCUUGGGACAAGAGCAGGACUCAUACGGUGGUAACUUUGAUGCAAAGCAGUCUUUUGUGGGAGACAUUGGAGAUGUGAACAUGUGGGACACUGUGCUAUCUCCAGAACAGAUCAACACAGUGUAUGUUGGCGGGACAUUCAGCCCCAAUGUUUUGAACUGGCAGGCACUGAAAUAUAAAGUACAGGGCGAUGUGGUUAUGAGGCCCCAGCUGUGGUCCUGACCUACUGUUGUGAGCCCUGAGAUACCUCCUGGGAUUACAUUCUCUCCAGUUAUAGAUCUUUUAACCCCAACAGAUGCUGUAGUUCUAGUCUGUGAAUAUGGCCUUUCACUUCCCUGCUCUGCCUUCCUCAGCACCAAAGCAUGGAAUUUAAGUGUCAUGUGCAUCGUGCUAGGAAUCCCUACCAAGGAGAAUCUGAAUUACAUAUGUUUAUAUGUAUUGAUUUUUUUGAGACAGAGUUUCUUUGUGCAACAGUCCUGAUGUCCUGGAACUUGCGCUGUAGACCAGUCUGGCCUUGAACUCACUGAGAUCCACCUGCCUCUGCCUCCUGAGUGCUGAGAUGAAAGGCCUGUGCCACCACCACCUCACUUGUCUAUAUAUAUUUUUAAAAUUCUUUUUUUUUUUUUUUUGG